GUUAAAAUUACCUAACAAAAUUUGACAACACACGCGAAUCAGGAAAGUGGGAAGGCAAUAAACCCGGCCGGAAUCAGGAGAAAAUGCAUACGGAUCUUUCCUCCCAUCUGCACACGCCCGCUUGCAACAAGUUGAUCGAGGAGCUCCAGGCCUGCCACGAAAAUAACGCAUUCGCAAAAUUUGUGGGCGUAUGCAACUCCAUUGACGAUAAGGUGGUCAAGUGCCUAAAAGGCGAGAGAAUCGCCCGAUCUGCCGCGAAUCGUGCCAAAGCCCGUGAGGAUCAGGCCAAAUACAAAGAAAAGCUGCUCCAGCAGGAAAAAAUCUAAGGAAGAAAUCUACCAGAAUGUCAGUACAACCGGAGGAUCCGCUGGAACCGUUCUACUUCGAGCACGGGAAGCAGGAGAUCUGCGGGAAGCUUGUAACUCCCAUUACCGAUGGCUUCCAGGAGGAUUACCCCAGCGUAGUGGAUCGCUUUUUCACCAGAUAUUACUACUUCAAGGGAGACGUGCCCUACCAAGUGCUCUACCACUCCAAUCGCAUUUGCCUGAUUUGCCUGGCUCCCGAACACCCUGCUCUGGGUCAGGGCAUCUCUUCGGUCAACUUCGAUAUAGGGAACGUAGAUCGCAGCCAGAAUGUGGUCAAGGGCAAGGGCAAGAAGGGCGGAAUGAUCCUACAGGCGGAGUCCACCCUCGCGCUGAUCGCCACAGAAAAUGGAGAGACUUACAAGGUCCCCAGCUGCAUUCGGGGCAAACUGGUGGAGGUAAACACCGCCCUAGUGGAGGAGCCAAAGCUUCUGGAGCAACUGCCUGAGGGUGCCGGCUACUUCGCCAUUCUUCUGCCCAAAAUCGAAAACUGCGAUGCCAUCAAGGCGAGUCUUCUAACCCAGGAGCAGUAUGAGGGGCAUCUAAAAAACCAGAAGGAGUCCUCCGAGGACAACACUCAGAAGGAAAAAAAGGAGAUGGAAACGUGAUUUUGACUUCAAUUUCGCUGUUGUGCUUGUCUUUAAAGCCUUUGUAUUUUUAAUGAAAGAUUCAUAUAUUAUAUUGUUCAUAGUCUAUUAAGACUUCAUUAAUAAUGUACGUAAUAUUUUGAGUAUACAUAAAAAAACGAACAUUUUGACAUUAAAAACGA